CUGGUUCAUGACACAGAGUGCGAACAGAAUGUGAUUGAUCUGGGUUUCUUUUUGAAGGCAAUGUUAUUUUUCGUGGCAAAGCAACGGAAGCAAACAGGGCAGAGAGCCCUGGGGUGGGCGAGAAGCCUUUGCCUUUUCGAUCCGGGUGGUGAAGGCUGGAAUAUUCACGGGGGAUUCCCUCCGCCGAUGUGGGCUGGCGGACGGAGAACGGAGCGGGGGAACUCUUGGGCGUGACGGCUGCAGUCAAGCCAACUUCAGCAGGGGCCGGGAAGGGCACACACACACCGCCCCGAAAGCUGGCAGCGAGGGUUUGUCGCCUGGGAUGGCAUCACACGACUUGCGGAAACAUUACUACACACUCAGUACAUCAAUGGGCCCCGCUUUGGUUGAGCAGAUCACAUGUUUCCUGUACAGCACCCAGGUUCUCAGUCAAUAUGAGCUUAAUGUCAUCAGCUCCAAGUCUGAUAUCCUUACAAAGGCAUCUGAACUACUUUCUGCAGUCAUCCGCAAGGGGAAGAAAGCCUGUGGCAUCUUCUUUCACGCGCUUGCAACGUGUGAUCCACAUCUGAGCAACCAAAUAAUGGGAACGCAAGUUAAUUCUACUGGUCGUACUUUACCAGCCCCUUCAUUUCAGAGGCUCACUUCUUCAAAUGAGUAUCUGUUGAGAUCUCAAGCAAGGCCUUAUGUUUCAGAGCUGCCAAGAACUGGAGAAGCGUUGUCCUUUCAAAAAGAACAGCGCCAGUCACUGCCGGUAAUCUGCAAGAUUUGUAUCUGCAAUUCAAGUCUAAACAAUUGUACCUUUGGGUCAAACAACAACAUAUCCAUUACGAGGUCGAUGUCAUUAUCUGUCUUGGAUAACUUUGCAGAGCCAGCAUCCAGUGUGAAUGCAGAAUGUGGGAAGGCCCUGGAAAAGGACUCUAAGUCCCACAGAUGUGGCAGGUGCAAUGAAAUGAGCACAAGUAGCAGGGAAGCCAUCCAAGUGGAAUCUGACAUUGAAAUAAUCAGGUCCAAGUUGCAAAACAUAAUUAUUGGAAACCAAAAUACAUUCACUUUGGUGGAAGAAUUCAGCGACGAAGAUGAUAAUGAGGAGAAGGAGCUGGACGAAGAGUAUGAGGAAAAUGAAUGUGAGGAGAGAGAAGAUACAGAACAGUUAACGAAUGAAACCAGGCAGCCAGAAGUAGUGCAGCAAUUGGAAUGCUGCAGGUUAAUGGCUGGUUAAUAAAAAUGGAUCCAUCAGCUGAGCUUUAUGGGAUGUUUACGGUUCUGUCCUCGCUCGCCUAAGGAUGGUUGCCCCCUUGGCUAUUUCAUGGGGGACUUCUACCCUACCCCCACCCCCGGGACAGGAAGUACACCUCAGGGAACUGCUGGCCAAUCAGACACUGACUUUUUCCCAGUACUGAUGGGAUGGCCACUGUCAGUACUGCACUCAGGGUGGCGGUGGGGUGUUGAGGGGGUGAGCUGUCCUGAAUUUCGGGGUUUAUUGUUACACCAUUUUUGUAUUUGGAAUGAAUUCAAUCUUGAACGUACCUCAAAGACUGAUCAUCUGGGCUGGACAAUUCCAAAGAUUCACAAUCCUCUGAGUGAAGGAAGUCAGCAGCAAUGACCAAGAGGCCAGAGAGUGAGGGGGUUCUCAUAUGGGUGGCGUGUUACAGAAAUAGGGAGGGUAAGGAACACUCGAGAACAAGCACUCCCAAUUUCUCCAAUCCGGACAAUGAUCAGGAUUUGGUGAGUGUAAAUACAACAGAUGGGAUAAGACCAGAAAACAAUGCUGCCCUCUCCCAGUUGCAGGAUUUAUUGUUGGAAGUGACAAUGAUGACAAGGAUCUCAAAAAGAAUGCAUAUGUCAGGAAUGUCAACCAUUAAUUAUGCAUGGGUGUCUUAAGAUUCCCUGUGUAAGUUGCCCUGCAUGCCUUGUAUCCAGCAAUUAAAUGGUUAAAAAGGUCAGUAGGAAGUGAAAUCAACAGCUCCCCACAUAUGAAAUUUCAAAUGUUAAAAAAAACAUACAUUACCCUACAAUACAAAGGACAUGUUUUUCAUUUUGUUGGAAUCCAGCUGUACCACUUAUUUUGGUCAAGCACAUAUUUUAACAUCUUAUGUGGAACCAUGCUUUUCGAAGGAUGGGAGGCUAUCGAAAAGUUCUACUGGAAUAAAGGAUUUUAGAUAUGUGGAUAGGGCUGGAGAAGUUAGGUUGUUCUCUUCAGAGCAGACAAAGCUAAUGGGGCUUUAGGCUCAUCACGAUUUAAAGAGGGAAAAAUGGUUUUCAAUGCUGAAGAUUCAUUAACCAGAAGAUACAGAUUUAAGUUAUUUGACAAAAUAACCAGAAGGUAAAUGGGAAAAAAAGGGCUUUUUUUUUAUACAGCAAGUGGUUUGGAUUUGGCUUGCAUGACCUGAUAGGGUGGUGGAAACAGAUCAAAAGCAGCCUUAAGACAAUUCGAUAAAUACCCAAAGGAGAAAAGUUGCAGAAAUAGGAGGAUGAAAUGGACAAGUGGAACUAUCUGAAUUGCCCUUUGAACCUUUGGCAGAACCCCAAACAGUCAAAUAGCCUCAUUCAAACCAGUACCUGGCUCUGCACCAGACCACUGGUUAGUCACUCACUAGCACUCAGCUCCACACUACUGUACAUAAAUAUAAAUGUAUAUCAAUCACUCCUCUAUCAAUGGGUAGAGUUUAUAAGCUAUCUUACCCGUGAAUGGUAACAAUAAAUUUAUUUCCAUGUAUUAGCUUAAGUAUGAUCAAGACUGCCAAUGUGGAAAAUAAAAGUGUUUUGUGUGAAUAAAA